CGCUAGAGGGUUAAGAUAACAAAUAACGCAAGUCGAGGUUCCGUCAUUAAUAGGCUAUAGUUGUGGCAAAGUCAUGUGCAAUUGAACUGCUCGUAUUCAUCCAGCAGAAACGAAGACUACGAGUGAUGGAUGCUUGUCCGCACGUCUCCGACUUCUGUCAAGCGGCGCCGGAGCCAGCUGAGCAGACCACGUGCAGUCCUCCUGUCAACUCGGACAGCCGUGUAGAAGGCAGCCUGCCUGGGAACGACGGGGAAAUAGAUUUGGAGGAGAGACCUGAUGGUAAGAAGCUGAUUUCAAGUGGCAGUGAUGAAAACAUAACCUUCAUAUCCGAAAGCAUGGUAGUGACAUCAGAUGAUGAGGAAAAACUUCUUCUUUUGAACAGAAACACUGAGCUGAGGAACGUAAAUAAAGAGUUAUUAAAGCUAAAUGAGGAGUGGGACCAGAUAUAUCGUCGGACCACAAUGGGAUUACAGCAGAGAGUCAGCUCUUUGCAACAAGAAGUGGUGGGGCUUAAGCAGCAAAAUGAGAAACUACUUAUGAAACUGGAACAUGAGCAGGGAAAGCGUGAAUAUUUUGAACGAACACUACUUGAAGAACUCAGAAAGAACCAACACCUUCAAGAGUAUGUGAGAUACCUAGAGAGUAAGAUUCACAGAAACAAAGUGCCUUGUGUCCAGUCUGAAGACGAGAGUCAGUUGAUGGUUUAUAGACUACUGGCAGGACCACAACUGCAAUCUUCUUCUGAAAGCCUUUGUGCUACAGUAAAGGGAGGCACUCAUUGUGCCCCUUGUCUUGAAUCCCCUGGAAACACAGAGCAAGAACAAGAACCACGGAAACAUGGAAGUGGCAAGCAUGAAAGUACUCUGCAUCAGAACUUCAAGGACAAGAACAGUGUGCAUAAGGAGGUGCGAGAUUUGAAAGAGCAAUUACAAACCCUGAAGUGCCAGACACAGAUCUACGAAGCUGAUUAUAAGACAGAGCACAAAGAUCGAGAGCGAAUGAAGAUGGAAAACAGUAAACUAAGACGCAAAGAGGAAGAGAUGCGACAGCAAAUGGCUUUACUACAAGAACAGCUCAAGGUCUAUGAAGAUGACUUUAAGAAGGAAAGAUCUGAUAAACAGAUCCUACAACGUCUGCUGUUGAAGAAAGCAAAUCCAAACAAUCCAGUAUUAGUUCACAGAUGCAACAAUGAACAAGAACAGGGGGAAAGGCAAGGAUCAACCCGGCGCAAUACUUGCACAAAGCACUGUGAGCAUCAUUCCCACAAAGUCAGCAAAUGUUCCAGGACUCAAAAGCAGGAAUCCCCUCAGGAGUUUUCUAUUGAGUACCAUUAAAUGGUAAUUGCAUAUUUUGGGCAAAAUGAACCCCACUGUGGACUAGACUUGGCAUAUUUCAGAGUCUUUACUGCAUUAUUUGCAACAGAACAAAAGUGAUUUUGACUCUUUUUCUUGAUACCAGCCCUGUUAAAUGGGAAGUAAAUACAGUUUGGCUUAUUUUAGUUAAUUUAAUGGAACAAAAUUAGAUAGUCAGUUAUUUCUUUCUUUGUAAAUCAACUAAAGCAGAUGGACCUUGAAAUAUAAGCUUUAAUGGACAUGUUUGUUAUAUGAUCCUGCUAGGAGGGAUCUUUGUUCAACAACCAACAAACAAAAGUAAAGACUGAAGAAGCCUGAAAUACUGGCACUGGCUUGAUAACAACUCAACUUCUAUGUUGUUAUAUUAACUGGUUUCUUUGUUUUAAAACAGUUGGACACUCAGUGUGACAAAGUUUGAAUUUUUUUUAAUAUCGCAAAAAAAUUCUUCCUGCUGUCUCCAAGAAUGUUCUAGGUCACAGAUAAGCAUUUGUAUUAUAAGAUAAACUAACACAAAUUAACUGAUUGCUGCCCUGUAGGUCACAGCAGCUAGGCCUGAAUCUUGGCCUGCAUACUGACUGCAAGAUGUUUGCACAUUCUCCUUGUGUUCGCAGGAGAGUCUCUGGAGACUUAUAAAAGUAAAGGUGGCUCCAAAUUAUCAUUAUAUUAUAAAAUGUACAAAGUUACUUACUUACUUACUUGCAUACUAAUAAUCAAGUGUGGGUGUGUGCAUGAGUGCCAAAUGGCAUUGCAUACAGAAUAUGGCUGAUUUCUGCAUUUUGCUUCAAAUAUUAACACAAUCUUUGCCCCUUUAUUAUAAUUAAUAUGUUGAGGAAAUAAAUAAGCUAGCAAAUUAAUUCAUAAUAUUUGAAGAAGAAAUGAGUACUACUGCACUUAUAGUGAGAAAAAUAGAAGCUAAUUACUAAAGAUAUUUUAUGUUUAAAUCAUUGCUGUUUCUUAUAGAAUUAAGUGAACUAUAAAUAUUUGAUGUGCUUUUUUCUUAAAUGCAUCACUUAGCCAACUCCAUAAUAACCAAAAUGUGAUACUUUAUUUAUCUAAGCUAUACAUUAAUUGCUUACACAAGAAAAGUAGAAAUAACAGGAUCAUUGUCAUCAGGUAUUUGUAAAGUAGACCCAGGAGAAGUCUUUCAACUUAAUGGAGAAUUAAGUACUCGUGGAAAUCAGUGGAAAUUAAAGGGAAGCGCAUGUGAGACUGAAGCCAGGAAACACUUCUUUAUGCAAAGACUCGUAAGAAUAUGGAGUAAACUACCAACACAUGAAGUUGAAGCAGAAACCUUGACAACUUUUAAGUAGAAUCUGGAUGAGACAUUGGGAUGGCUUAGCUAUUAGCUAAACAAACGGGCUUGAUGGACUGAAUGGUCUCCUCCUGUUUGUCAAAUUUCUUUUAUGCUGUUAUACCUGCAGAGAACUUGUACCUGACCCAGAGCAGAUGAACCUUCUGCUCUUACUAGGAUAGGCUCUGCCCUCCCUGUGACCCUUUUAAAAAAAAUAGCAAUUAGAUUAGAUUACAUUAGAUAGUAACAGUUACACAUUUUAUAGUUACUCAUGGAGGUUUUAUUUUUAUUCAAGCACUUGCAACCAAUUUGCUUAAUCAAAUUCAAGGUUCCAGGGGCUGGAGGUAGAGAACAGGCCCGGAGAGAAUGGCAGCCCAUCAUAGGGUCCACUUCCACCCACACUCCUACUGGAGCCAAUUUGUAUUCACCAGAAAUAUUUCUUUAAAUUAAUUUAUUAUUUCUGCUUAAAGCACAUUAAAAAAUAUGAAUAUGUAAUUCUUUAUAAAGUUUAUUGUUUCAUCUGAAGCAAUAAAUAAAAAUAAACAUGCAUAUUUUUGUAUCUCUGAACAAAAAGGGAUAAAGGAAGGCCUUUCACCCAUGUCCUCGCCACAGGAAGUGUAGAGAAGCAGCACAGAAUGAUGGUCACUUAAAUGACUCUUCAGACUUUUCUUCCCAGCGCCUAUAUUCCAGCUAUUUUCCAAUUCUUAAAAAAAAAAUCAUUAAGGUGUUCAGAAAUGACUGUGUAAAUUAAAGUGUAAAUGUAGAUUAUCCUUGAUUUCAGUUUGAGGCAUUUAAUCCACACAAAUAAAAAAAAAGUUUGCAAUUCAGUUUCAAAUUAGAAUAUAACUGGGUUCCCCCAAAAUAGCUGUUCAAUCAUCCUCAGAUAGAAUGUUUUUUUUAAGACAAAAUUAAAGUAAUAAAUUCAUUUUUAAAUUAAAUAAAAAUAUAGCGAGACUAAGAAAAAAUCUAAGAAUUAAAAAAAGUUUUGUAUUCGACAAAACAAAGAGCUUAAACCCAUUUUGUAACAGCAAAUAUUUCAACUUUAAGUUUUACACCAAGUGAAUUCUCUAAAAUAAGCUGUGUAUUUUAUUGCUUAUUAUUUUUGUGGUGUCAACUACAACUCCUUUCUCAGUCAACAGCAGAUAUUAACAAUGUAUUAUAUCUCUCAACACUAAUGUGUGUACUCUUUUGGUUUAUGUAUUUUAUGAUGAUGUUUGGGAUCCUGAGGGGAUUCGUCGUGUGGUGGGUGCAGCAACGCGCUGUAUCAUUGCAUGCUCCCGACUUUCAUUUUUUAGAUCAGAAGAAAACAAAAUAUUAAUAAAUUUGAUUUCACAAAUAAGGGGAAAAUACCUAGUUUUUUGGAUAUUUUGAUUAUUUAUUAGUAGACUUGUGCAUUUAGUAUAUUCACGUGUAAUAUAGUUUAAAGUAAUAUUCAAACAUAAAAACAGGUCAAAAUACUUUCCCCAAAGACAACAAAAAUAGGUCAUUCUUAGCUUUAUUGAAAUCUUUUCUGUGUUAUUUUUAGUCAAAAUAUAUUUGAUUUAAAAUUCUAUAUAAUAAAUACGAAUUUACAUAAUUAACCCUACAGAGCAUUCUAGGAAAUGUUUCUGAUCUUCUGAUAAAACCAACAUUAUUCUCAUGACCUGUUCAAAUAUUUUAAACUAAAAAAGGUUGCCCUCUGUUUUAUCUUUACUCAUUAGGCAAACCCCACGCCUUGUAAUGUUAAAGUCAUUUAAAUGUCAAGACCUCUUUAUACUUUCAUGUCAGUUCUCUUAAUGCCCAAACCUCAAUGUUGGGUCAAAUCAGGUGCAGAACUAGUUAGCAUAAUUUUUCUUCCAGUAGUCUUAAAUUGGAAGAAUGUUUCAGAAGUUGAAUGAAGAAAAGUUUCUGUUUAAUUCAGAAUUUAAAUAAAUAUGCAACACAGAAAAAUGAAAUAAUAAUGAGGGUCUGUAUCUCCUCUCUUAUGGUGUCAUUUUGCUCUCUCUUACUAUAAUUUGCACAGGAUGAACACUUUGAGUCUGACUACUCAGGUCAGAUGGGCAAAAAAGGGAAAAUUAAAUUUCUUCUGGUAUAUUGUAUAGAUUUGUUUAAUUGGAUUCAUUACAGAUAUUUUUUAUUUCUCUAUUUCUCUAAACCUAAGAAAUCAUUUUGUUAUUUGGUAUUGAAAAAUAAGACUGUUACCAAUAUAAAAAUAC